AUGCCCUUCAGAGAUACUCCCACUACCCGCUCACGCACUCGCAUUGCACUCAUAACGGGCGCCUGUAUCAUUGCUGCACUCUCGGUCUCCGCACUCUUUGUCCAUCCCUUAGAGAAAGUAAGGCAAUAUGGGAUAUUCCAGUCCACCGAUACAUCCGACCAAGACAGCAUACUAAGUAUAGUCCACUAUGUCCAAAUCAAAAGGGACGAAAAAUCUGUCUUCAAAUUCCCCUUCUCCAGCUUCCUAAACAUCUGCGCCGCAGUCCUAUACAUUAAACCCGAACGCGUCUACAUCUGCACCAACUUCAGCCCCUCUGAGAUCGACGAAGCCGGCCAAAAAGGCGACAGAUGGACCAAAGCCGUCGUCAACGCCUUCGCCGACCUCGUGAUCUGGAACCCCCUCUACACCCCCACCUUCGCCGGCACAAAUGAAAACCAGCACAUCAACGCCAUCAAGAAAAUAGGAAGCAUCUACAUGGACCGGGACCUCUUCCAUUUACGCCCUCUAACACCCCUUCUGACAACAGGUUUCGCCUUCAUGGGCGGCCGCCACUACGGCGGCGCCGGCGAACACAGCGGCAUAAACAGCACAAUCAACAACGGCGUCUUCAUGACCAAACCCAACAGCACCAUGGCCCGCAUCGUCGUCCGCGAGCAACACGCCAGCUUCAACAGCAAAUGGACCGCAAACCUCCAAAGCAUAACCAGCAUCACCUCGCGCCUCGUCCCCAUCCCCCAACGAAAUCUUGAUCCUCGACCUGGGAAAUGGAUUUUUUCUUCGACGUGUAUGUUGCAUGCUUUUGUGCUGAAUCGGUAUUACAAGUAUGUUAAUCCGAAGACGAUUUUGAGUCGCACGAGUAAUUUUGGGGUUGCGACGUAUGGUAUUAUUAGGCAUAUGGUGGAUAUGGGGUAUGUGGGGGAGGGUGAGGAGGAGUAA